AUGCUAAGUAUUAGGUACGAGGAGGCUAAAGCGGCUGCAUUCGAAACAUUUAAUGCUUUUCAGCACAUGUUUAUUACGUGUGCAAUGUCAACAAUGCCAGAACAACAUUUUAAAUCAGGCGAACUGAAAAAUUUCGUGAAUUACCCUCCGAAAACAACAAUUGGACUUGCUCCAAAAUUUACCAGUAACAGAAAAUAUUUUGCAAACCUGAUUAGCUCUAUUGGUUUUAAAACAAUGUUAGCAAAUGAUGAAGAAGAGAUACGAAGAGAUAAGGUUUUCAAAAAAAUGACAUCAACAUCUGAAGAUUUAAAAUGCAUACUAGAAACAAAAGAUGGACCAAUUUGUGGAUAUAUAGAUAAAAUAGAGAGUAGGACUUAUUAUAAAUUUAAAAGUAUUCCAUAUGCUAAACCCCCUAUUGGUAAAUUAAGAUUCAUGCCACCUACUCCAUUACAACCUUGGAAAGAUAUCUUGAACUGCACAAAUGAUGCUCCUCUACCUAUUUGCCCUUCACUGGAUAAGGAAUCUCUUUACUCAAUUACUGGAUCAGAAGAUUGUCUCUACCUUGAAGUUUCUACCCCAAAUAUUAAACCCAAGGAACCAAUGCCAGUUAUGUUUUGGAUAGGCAGUUAUAGCUUUGCCUACUAUAUAGAUAACAUAUCAACACUGUCAGUUUUAACUAAUGAUCACAAUGUAAUAUUUGUAAAAUGUGAAAUUGUGGACGAGUUGCGAUCUAUGUCUGCAUGUGAAAUAAUGACAGCAUUUAAAAAAAUGUCACUUGAGAUCCGAAACGGCGUCAACAAUGACGUUAUUGAUACCGUCUUUAAACCGUGUAUUGAGAUAGAAUUUGAAGGCCAACCUGCAUUUCUCACGAAAAGUCCUGUGUUGAUUAUGAAUUCAGGAAAUUUCCACAAGGUCCCUUUGAUGAUUGGUAGUAACAAUAUAGCAGACGCCAAUUUAAAACUAAUGAAUAAAGACACAGUAAAUUUUGACAAAAUCAACGACAAUGUUUGUCUUCUUGUGCCGAGGUCUCUAGCCGCCGAAGAUAAAUUGUCGAAGAAUAUAGGUCAUCAGCUAUUGAAAUUUUACCUCGGUGGGGAUGCUCGCUUAACAAACGAUACUACAACACAAUACUUGCAAUUAAUCAGUGAUUAUUAUUUUUCAUAUUAUGUAAAUAAAUCCGUACGAAUACACACAGAGGUUGCACCAGAAAUCCCGAUAUAUUACUUUAUUAUAAACCGAGCUCCAGAAUGGGCGAUGCCGAAAGAAGUUAAUUUCUUAGGCGCUCUUGAACAGAGCGACAAGUUUCCCAUUGUAUUUCGUAUUGAAAUGCCAAAAAAUGGCAAACAUUGUAGAGACUUAGAGCUUACCAGGAAGAAAGUUCUUAAAAUGUGGAGUAAUUUUGCUAAAUUUGGAAACCCGACACCAGAUGACAACGACCCUCUAUUGCAAAUUACUUGGGAUCCCGUUGAAAACAAAGACAGAUUAAAUUAUUUAUGUAUUGGUUCAGAGAUUACAAAGGGCAGAAAUCCCUUUCAUGAAAGAAUGAAGUUUUGGGAUAAACUCCACCAGGAUCAUAAAUUCCUAAGAACGCUUGUGUAUCUCAAUGAUAUUGGAUGUUCUUGGUAA